CGGCCCCUCUGCGUCCAUGACCUCAUGACGUCACAGAUCGAUAUUAAAGAGGAUGGACUCUUAAACAGACCAUCCACUUUAAGUUAGCUUUUAUAAUGUUUAGGAAAUUCCAAAACGGAAACAGAUCCCUUUACAAGAGUGAUUUUGAAUGUGUAAACGAAAAAGACUCACCGGAAGCCGAUAUUUCGCUAAUAAAAGUGAUUGGAGCCGCAAAUGUGAAGCGAUGGAAUGCCCUGAAAACUGCACUCAAUUGUGAAACGAACUUCGAAUUCACUACGAAGUUGCUGGACAUCACACAGCAAUUCUUAAACAAGGGAAAUGUAGAGGUGAAUGUGUCACAAAAAAACGUAAAUGAGGAAGGAAAGAAAAAAUAUAAAAACAAAACAGUCCAUGACGACUGGAUAUUUCAGUUGGAUAAGAAUGAUGAAAAUGAUGAUGCAAAAAAUAGUGUGAAAACCAAUGAAAGGCAAUCUGAGAAAUUAAAUGAUGAUAGAAGCUCUAAUUUGGCAUCUGUCAGCAAUGAUCAAGAAGUAGCACCAGAUAAUGAAAGCUGUGAAAAUGGUCAUUUAAUGGUCAAAAAUAGUGUAAAGUUAAAUGGAUCAGAGAACGAAAUCAAAACUGAAAAACCAGAAGAAAACGUACAAGAAAAACCCAUUAGUCUAGAUGUGAUAAAAAUAAGAUUAUGUCAUUAUUGCAACACACAUCACAUUCAAGAUCACUGUCCGAUAAAUUUGCCACAGUACAACAUUUUUGAUAACGUAGCGUUCGAUGUAUGGAAACAAAAUUACAAGCCUCUAUUUGAGAAUUUCUGGUCCAAUGUAAAAAAGAAAGCAAAAAAAGUGAUAGGUCGGAAAGCGAAAAAUUAAAGUAUAGUUAUGCAGUUAUUUCGCUGCCGAACUGUCUCCGAUUGGCUGAAACGAACUCAGAACAUGGUCUGGGGGUGUUUGCAAAGUCAGAAAUAGAAUGCUUCACCCAGAUGGGCCCUUUAGUAGGAAGGAUUGUCAAAGAAAUGGACUAUUGCGGAAGAUCUCAACAUGAAAUAUCUAUGGGAAGUGAAUACAGAAAAAGGGAAUAUUUAUUACAACACCGAAGACAAUGACGUUUCGAACUGGUUGAAGUUCAUUAGACCAGCGCCAAGUCGUGCAACUAAGAAUCUAACUGUAAUCGUUAAAGAUGAACAGUUGUAUUUUGUUUCUAUAAAACUCAUACAGGCUGGUGACGAGCUAUUGUAUUGGCAAGACAUCCAAAACCAGAAUCAACAGGUUAAGAAGAAAAUGGAAAAGACAACUUGCGGCGGUUGCAACAUGUACUUCAGCCAUCCUCAUUACUACAGAACACACUGUUCAGUUUUCCACGACAUAAGGUAUAGUCUAACGAUAAAGAAAUAUCACUGCAAAGUUUGCGGAGAGGCGGUAUUGGGCAAGGAGAAUAUCAUGAAACACGCCGCAGAAUUGCACAACGGACAAGGGGCGUAUCAGUGCCAAUUCUGUAAAAAGUUUUUUCUGAGGCUUAAUUAUCUGGAGAUGCAUCGUACAUAUGGUUGCUCGGCCAAUCCCCAUCGUUCUAGGCCGUUGUGUGACUUUUGCGGCAAAAAGUUUUGCCAGCCACAGAAACUGAAAAUUCAUAUUAAAAGGAUGCACAGUGACAUAUCAGAGGUACUGAAAGAAUUUCAAUGCAAAAACUGUAUGAAGAUAUUAGGAUCUAGAGCAGCGUUGCAAAGACAUGCCAAGGAAGUGCACCAAAAGCAGACGGAAGGUCAGUGGUCGUGCGGAAGAUGCGGAAAAAAGUUCCAGAAUAAGUCCAACUUGAAGAUACAUAUGCUUACGCAUAGCUGGCAUAAAACCGUUCAAGUGUUCGACAUCAGGGUGCAAAUCGGCAUUCACUACAAAACAAUGUCUACAAUUUCAUUACAAGAAAGUGCACAAUUACACUGAUGAGACGAUGCCAAAGAUAGAAAGAAGCAUCGACUAUACGUUUCAAGCAUACAGCGGUGCUGCAGAUGGUAACCACGGACCAGAUGAUCAGGCGAAUGAGAGUGAAGAAAAACAACAGCAUAGCGAGGAAAACGGAUUACAGACUUCAGAGCACAGAAGAAAUAUCAGCGAAGAUAGCGAUGAUAGUUCGGAAAUAGACGACCCGAUGUCUGCAGACGCCUCGCCGCGCGGCGGAUCAGGCAGGAUUGACGUAGAGGAGGAGGUCGAAGAGUCCGAUCUUCCUCCCGCACAUUCUCCUUCUCCUGUUGCUACUCCUUAUCUCCAUCACCUCCUCCCGUUCCGCCAGAAAAGGUUGCAGGGAUGAAAGUACUCAGCAAAGGGUCCAAAAAGUGGAUAGCCGAUCAUGGCCAGACUCAUCCAUUAGGCGAUAUUUAUCCAACAAAUGCUAUCGACAGACUUGGCAAGGACCCUAUGACGAACGUGGCUAUGCAGGAGAAUGACAUGUACGAGCGAAGCAACAAGUUCUCGUCUAUAGGCGGUAACGGCACCAGCGGAGGCGGCGAGUUCGGGCGUCACGAAGUGGCUGCAUCGAAUGCCAGCUUGCUGGUGGAGGCGGCCUUGGAUUCUGUCUGCCAGCAGGAGCAUUCUGACGGAGGCGGUGGCGCGGCACAUUCGCAGCCUGACACGCAAACACAACCGCCGCCGAUACCAUUGGAGACUCAUUGCAAUACGGACACUUUGGUCGGCAACCUGUACGGCCUAGCUCACCAUCUGGCUGACGUGCCAUAUGGAGUUGCGGUCGGAGAUGGCGGUGGGCUCGGUAUGUCGCCUCCGCGUCCGCACGGGAACGAACACAUUUCCGUCACAGACGAGCUCAGCGACAAGUUGCACAGGCACACAACGGCAGAUACGAUCGGUAUGCAUUAUGGCGAGUUCCACCAGCACGACUUCAGCCCUCCCCCAGGUCCUCAGCCUCCUCACUCGCCAGACAUGAAUCGCUCGAAUUUCGUGAGGAAUUACAUAAACAGCCUGUCUCCUCAGAACAUGACCUACCAUCAGCCGCAUCACCAACACUCACAGCAGAAAAGUAUCUCCCCAGAGCCGGCUACCUCUAGAUAUGCGGAUCACUUCUCGUCCGACGACAGUAACGGGAUGGCUGUUCAAAAUCUAAGCCUUCAUCCGUCAAAAAGCGAGAUGCAGCUCGAUUUGUCCAUCUACAAGACCUACAAAGCAUCUCAGGACUAUAUGAAAAAGCUGACAUUCGAACACAAGACGGAUGACUUAGAACAAGAUCAAAUUGAGGUGGAUCAACCGAUCGUAACUAGUGACAGUGAAAAAAAGUCGGACAAUCAAGAACAUUGUAAAUAUUCGGAAGACCUGACCGCAGAUAUACGCACCAAGUUUGACAUCGAUUUGGAGAUGAGACUGAAAAGCUACGAGGCUAUGGAACGGAAUCAUUUGUAUGAAAGCAAUGAGAUGGAGUUUAGGAGCAAGACAAGCUACGAUAUUUGCGAUGUGAUGGAGAACCGAAAUAAGCAGUACGAGCUGGAAUCGGACUUUUGUAGGUCGGAAAGGGUGCCGGCUGCUGCAUUUGAACCGUUGAUGUUGAACACGUCAGAACUUCAAGGCUUGGACAUGUCGGCCAGAAGCGGAUUUCACAGUUAUGCCAACAUACAAAGAUAUCAUCAUUUGUAUCCUGAGAUGGACCGCGUGGAUCUCCGGCUGAACUACGGCAGUACCUCCCCGCCCCCUCCGCUGCAAUCUGCUCCUGCUGUCCCCCCUCCACCUCCUCCGCCCCCGUCUUAUUCGCACGCCGCUGCAGCUGCUGCCGCCGCAGCGGCUGAUUUGCUGCGUGUCGUCUCGCUAGACUUGAGUACGCCCCCUGGCAAUCCUGCCGCUCCACCUGCGCGUCCGUGUACGGUCGAUUUGAGUCUGCGCGCACAUCCUGCUGCAGCGUUACACCAAAUCGCCGCGGUUGCAGCUUCGCACCGGCUGCUCGGAACUGACCUCGCUGCGGCCAGACACCACCUGUCUUUGUCCGACGCGACCGCCAUCGCCUCCGCGCGGCUACUCACCGAUCACACAACAUCCAGGUUACUCAACGAGUCAUCUGCCAAUCAUCUGCUCACUACUGCCUCAGCAGCUGAUGAUACUGGCAAUAACGGCAGCGGCAACAGCAACGGUGGCAGAUUGCUGUCCGAGCAAUCAGUCCGUCUGUUGGAGCAGCAGAACCGUCUGAUGAUCACCGAAGCGGCUCGCAACGGGGGCCCCACACUGGCCACCGCUUGCAACACCAGCGGUGGCGGUCUUCUGCAGGUGCAACCGACUGCACCGUCCGCCAGCAAUAACGGCGUCUCGACGUCUCCUUCCCCGUUUGGGGGCUUUUCCGCUCCCGCUGCCAUACCGCAGCCUCCUUACCACCCCACACCCCUCGCGCCACAGCCCAGGACGCAUAUUACGGCAUCGACAUCACCUCCCUCCUAUCAUUAUCCCGCAUAUUAUUAAUUAUAUUGGAGUGCAAUUCGUUUUUUAUCAUUCAUUAUUUUAGCCUAAAAUGUUAUACAGAAUUAGCACAAUUAAACUUAUUGAUUGGUAAUUUUAUGAAUCAUCGUAAGUUACUAUAUUGCCAAGUAUUAUGUUGACUGUGAUUAUUUUAUUAGAGGAUGUUAUAUGUUUAUAGUCAUA